AUGGCAUCUGAGGAUGGAGAGCAAUCGUCCUUUCCAUCCCCGCGCCCGCCUCUUCAAUCGCAGCGGCCGUCCGUAUCUCGACGUGGUCCACCACCCACAAGAAACUCUGUAACGAGUAGACCAGGCAGUUCUGGUAGCCGCUUGAGUAGGACACAUAUUCCUUCUCUCACGGCGCAGGCAUUUUUUCGUCCCAUGAGCUCACAACGUCUGCAAGCCCACCGGGGAGGCCGGCCGAUGACCAAGGGAACCAUUUCCUCAACCGAGGAAUGGGGGGAUCAAAUGAGUCAGAAUCGAAGGAGCUUGAUCUCAAACAGCACAAACCCCCAGGGCUCUCUUCCCCCAGCUGAUAUGGAGGCCCCUCCCUCGCGAGGUACAGACUUCACAGACCCCAUUAUUCCAGAUCGGAACACAUCCAAUGCUAGCCCAACGGGAAAUACGACAGUCCGAAGUCUCGGGGAAAGUGUCCGGCUUUUACGGGACCGAGAUCAAACUGACAAAAAAAGGCCUGAGUAUUUGAAUCUGAAUGUAAAUUACAGCGUACACAACCCGCAUGAUGCACCGCCCCCCAAAUCGCCGCUCUCGUUUCUUUCAUACCAGCAUAAAGGAUCCGCACAUAAUGGUAAUGAUCCCCGGGGUCAUGAACGGCUUUCUUCUGCAGGCUCCUCUCCUGGACCUACCGACAUCAAAAAGCAAACAUUUCAAAGGGCUAGCCUAGGAAAGAACUAUGAAUAUUUUAUUGGCAACACCUUUUUCUGUGGUGGGGGUCGACUCCAGAAUUCGAGAGAUAAGCCUAUCAAUAUUCUCACUGGGCUGCUAGUGCUUGUUCCAUCAGCCUUGUUUUUUGGGUUCUCAGCUCCUUGGAUUUGGCACAAUAUCUCUCCUGUCAUCCCCAUCUUGUUCGCAUAUGUGUUCUAUGUUUGCUUCUCGUCAUUCGUGCAUGCCUCUGUCGUUGACCCCGGUAUCAUGCCUCGAAAUGUGCAUCCUAUGCCUCCGACGAGAAAUUCGGACGACCCUUUGGUACUUGGACCGCCCACAAAUGACUGGGUCAUGGUCAAGCUUGCGACUUCUGAGUCAGCGGCCAUGGACGUUCCCGUCAAGUAUUGCAAGACAUGCAACAUUUGGCGCCCGCCUCGUUGCUACCACUGUCGUGUUUGUGAUAACUGCGUGGAAACCCUAGAUCACCACUGUGUCUGGCUCAACAAUUGUGUUGGACGUCGCAACUAUCGCUACUUUUUUGCUUUUGUGAGCUGGGGUACCUUGCUAGGGCUUUUUCUACUCGGUGCCAGUCUAGCACAUAUUUUGGUUUACAUGUCGCGUGAGAAUAUUUCUUUCGGCGCAUCGAUUUCGAAGUGUCGUGUCCCUUUUGCUAUGUUCAUUUAUGGUGCCGUUGCAACCCCAUAUCCAUUGUCACUAUGGAUCUAUCACUUGUUCUUGGUUGGCCGAGGAGAGACCACCCGAGAGUACCUCAACUCCCACAAGUUUGCCAAGGCAGAUCGUCACCGACCUUUCACCCAGGGCAAUGCUUUCCGCAACUGGAUUUCAGUUCUGGGACGACCUCGCCCCCCUACUUACAUGCAGUUCAAGCGCCCCUAUCAAGAAGCUGAUCAGCGCUAUGCCAUGCAAAAACGCAAGUAUCUAGUUCACCGUGAUGUCGAGUCUCAGGCGGGGAUUGAAAUGCAAGAAGUCGGUCCCAAUGAAUAG